AUGGAGAACGACAGCGCUACAGGGCGUAUUUUCGGCGAGAGGCUGGCAGAGAAAAUCCCCCCGGCGAUCCCUGAGACAUCAGUUCCUACCCUGGGCCAUCUGAGUAUCGAUACAGGUGCUGCUGUCCCCAAUGGCGUCGAUCCCAUACCCACACCGGCGCGUGUAGACACCCAGGCAGCAGAGGAACUCGCCCACUUGCAGCGCUUCACCGUGCGAACUCUGCCUUCCUGGAUCCGAUCUGUCGAGGUCCAUCCGGAAGAAGACGAAGAAGAAGAUACUACUGCAACUGAUCGUUUACUCCCACCGCAGCCAGGGAACGCAUUUGUCGCCCAACACAAUCACUCUCCUUACGCGUCAUCCAAAACUCAACGCGCUGACUCCACUACCAAUGGUCUAUUCGAAGAUGAUUCUCUGCCAGUCAACCGUGAAUCCCGCUGGGUUACAUUCUCGCGCACUAUCCAAUACCCUCGGGAAGCUGGCAGAGAGGAACAACCUGUCACAUCAGACUGGAUGAACGAGAAUCACGGUGACUACUCUCAGCCAUGGCGCGGCAAGCACUUGGAGGGCGACAGCCCGGAGUAUCCACUACACAGUGGAGGCCGAAGGGAGAUUUGGUUCAAGCGCUUUCACAACACACUCCUACGAAGUCCGAUGGUACCGAUGUUGCUACGGCUGACAGUCUGGUGCUUCUCGCUGUCUGCGCUGGCUCUGGGUGGCUCCAUUCAGCACAUGGCUAACAGUGGGCAUCACCCCCAAGGCCCAUCGGCUUUGAUGGCAAUCAUUGUGGAUGCAGUCGCUUUGGUUUACCUGGUCUAUAUCACAUUUGAUGAGUAUACAUCGAAGCCUUUGGGUUUGCGGUCACCGUCGGCCAAAGCACGGCUGAUUCUUCUUGACAUCUUCUUCAUUGUCUUUGAUUCUGCCAAUCUCAGCUUGGCAUUCGCCUCCCUCUCGGAAGUGACAGGCUCUUGUACCGAGGCAGAGGUCAACCAGGAGAUUGAUCCUCGCAACGAUGGUAUCUGUGUGCGACAGAAAGCACUUGCAUCUGUACUGCUGAUUGCCUUGUUAGCUUGGUUGAUGACAUUCGCAAUCAGUGUUCUUAGACUCGUGGAGAGGGUGACACAGUGA